GUUAGACCUCAACAGCGCUUAGCCUACAUCGCACAAGGCUCGGAAGUGGCUCAACAACGAUAGGGCUAAAGCCUUUCACCAUCACGCUCAUAUCUUAAGCGAUGGUAACAAAGAAUUCCUCACAGCAAGGGAGUAGUUGUACUUGAACAUUGUUAGCAUAGCACAUCUAUGUUUGAGCCGAUGCUCAUAAAUACACUUCCGUGUUUAGCCAAAGUCUUUGGAAUAUUAGGAUCGCUAGUUGUAUGACAAGCCCUGUAUUGUACAGCGAAGCAUAACCGCUCUAAUCUGGGCCACUAUCCUACUGACGGGCCCGGCUCCCUGUCACCAGCGUCGGCCAUCGGCCAGUCGUGUCCUAGCCCUCGGCUUUCCACGCCUGCGGCUGCCAGCAUCCUGCGUCAAGCGAUCUCCACAGAGUGUUAACUUCUCCCUGAAGCAUCGUGGUCCGCACCCACAUCGCCACAUCGUGCAUUGUAGCUAGCAGCACGGCCUCUUCCGCAGCAACACCUUCCCAUGAACGGUGGUGGCAGCUACCUUAAUGGCUACGGCUCAGGCCACGGCUGGAACUACCCGCCAGGGAUGCCCCAGCCGAACAUGGGAGGACCCAUGCACCCCGGCUUCCAUCCCCAUGCAACCCAAGAGCACCCUUUCUCCAUGGCCAUGCACAAUCCAGCUGCAGCCGCCGCAGCCGCCUUCGCUGCGGGUCAAAUGGUAGCUGCGGCCAUGGGCCCUAUGGCUCCUGCCAUGAUGGGCCCUAUGGCAGCAGCUGUUGGGAUGGGCUUCGGAGGGCCUUCCAUGAUGGGGGGUCACAUGGGUCCUAUGGGGAUGGCAGGAGCAGGGCCUUACGGCUUCAUGCCGGCUUCCCCGCGGAUGGCAGCAGUCCCGGAUGGACCGGAAGCGUAUGACCCCUCUUGGUACCAGGGUUUCUAUCGAGGCUAUGAAGGCGAGUUUGCGGAACCUUACAACACAGCUGCCGUACAAAGGAAGACGUACGGCAGCGGCGUUAGCAACCGGCAUGGAUAUGUUGCACAGGAGGAGCAGGAAGAGGAGGUGGUGGGGGCUGCUGAGGAUCAAGUGGAGGAGGAGGAAGAGGAGGAAGUGGAGCAGGAGGAGGAGGAGGGUUACAAUGGUGAAGAAGCAGCAGCCGAUUGGUAUGCUGAUGGCGAAGAGGCGGAGGAGGAAUACGGCGAUGGCACGACUAACGCAGUAGCGACCAAGGCAACAGCAGCAGAGGCGGCGAAGGCAGCGGGACCUGCUGCUCGACUCAACCCCACAGCGGCUGCGUUCGUGCCACCAACAACCAAACCCCAGGCUGCUGCGUCGACGACGGCGGCAACAGCGCCCCCAUCGUCUUCAAUUGCUACAAGAUCACCAGCAGAAGCGGCAGCGGCGAUUAUAGCGGAGGCGGCUGCAGCUGCGAAGAAAGAGGCGGAGGCGGCUAAGAAGGAGGCGGAGGCGGCGAAGAAGGCAGCAACAGCGGCGUCCGCACCCUCCGCUGCCACUGCGGCAGUGGCGGCGGCGUUAGCGGCGGCGGAGGCGGCCGCCAUCCGGAAAGCGGCGGCAAGCAGCAGCAGCGGUGGGCGGGGAGGCGGCAGCGGCGUAGAGCCGGCUAACGGGACGCCAGCGCCGCCGAUAGCGGCGGCAAAGGAGGAAACUCAGGGCCAGGGGAAGGGGAAGGGCACGUCCAUCAACCCAGCCGCUGCGCCCUUCGUUCCUGCGUCAUUGAAAGCCUCCGGCGGAACUACGGGCCCAAGUGCCGGGUCCAAACCAUCAACCGCCGACACCGCGCGAACGGGCUCUUCGGGGCCGACGGCGGCUGCGACGGAGGGGGCAGCAGCAGCAGCAGCUGGGGCGGCGGGUGUGGCGUCAAAUGCGGCAUGCACAUCGGCACCGGAUGGGGGGCAGCAGCACCAGCUUCCGCAGCCGGUUGCCUUGCCGCUGCCGAUUCCCAUUCCCGUACCGCUACCGGUUGCCGAGCGCUUUGCCAACCCGAGUGGUGUGUCUCCGUCGACGACAUUGCCUCCUGCUCCUGCUCCUCCUGCUCAGCCUCCUCAGCCUCAUGUACUGCAACCCGCAUCCCUGCAACCACACACGCAUGCGUCGCUCCCGCAGCACCCUCAGCAACAGCAGCCUUGCGCAAGACCCGAGCAGCCCGGCCAACAGCCUGAAGAGCAGCAGCAGUCGCAGCAACAACAACAGCAGCUGCCUGGAGAGCAAGCUGGCGGGGGGUUAGAUGCCAACGUGUUGCCGCCGGUUGCGACGCCGUUUGUGUGCUUCGAGACGGCGGUGUUCAGGUUGUUCCAGGGGCACCAGGGGCAGCACGCCUUCAACACGCUGUGGUGGUGCAUGGAGCCGGCCGGGAGCACCGCCGGACCCUCCCGCGAGCCCGCAGGACCCCCCGCAUACGCCUCCGCAACCACCGACAACAACAACCGCUCGUCACUACCAGCCAGCAGCAGCAGCGCCGCUGCUUCCUCUCCUGCUGCUGCUGGUACCGUUCUGGGCCCGUUCAGCUGCGAGCAAAUGAUUCUAGGCUACAUCGCGCAGGCCCUCCCCGACAACAUGUUGGUCUGCGGCACCCUGGCGACACCAGACCUACCCGACGUGCAACAGCAGCAGCCACAGCAGCAGCAGGGGGCGCCCCGGGCACCUCCGCGGGAGGCCUUCAUGUGCCUGGCUGAGCUGCUUUCGGCGGCUGAGGACGGGCAAGCCUACUCGCCGAUCCGAGUGACGACCUCUUAACGGGAGUUGAGGUGUGGAGACCUACAGCUCUCGUGUGUUGCGCGGUGCGCAGGGGCGAUACUUGACGGGGAGUUUACAUGAGACGAAGCACCCGGAUUUGCAGAUGGAUGGUUUAGUGCUGUUGAUGUCUAGCGGUGCUGAUGAAGCGUUGGGUUGAGUAUCUACAAGUUGGAUUUUCUUACUGGUAACUGCGGUAAGCGAGCACGCGCAGCUCUUGUUCGUUGCUAGGGUGCAGUAUACCAUACCGACAUAUAUCAUGCAGCGGAGUGCCUAGAUGAGUUUGAGCAGCAACAGCACUGUAGCUCUGGAACCUGAGGUACCGAUAUCACAGUACUGAACUCACUGCUGGGUUAUGUCACUAGUAGGGCGGUGUAGUGCCCUUCUAACAACGAUUCGACAUGAUUGGAACGCAGCGGUUUGCAGUAUGCUUGUAGUGUCGGGGAGUGGCGACGCAUUAUCGGUAUGGGCAACCGUUCGAUCGUUGUGAACUAAAGUGCUGUAGACACCGUCAAAUGCAGGGCAGGAGUGAUGGGCAGACAUGGGCAAGGGAUAGAACAGGAAUAGUCCAUGCGAACGCGUGUUGGGGACAGGAUAGGAACCCGUACGUGUAGGACUGCAGGCUGACGUUACGAACAUAGGCAUGCAUGCAGUACACGUGCUCG